AUGAUAAUAUCUGAAAUGAUUCCAUCAAUAAAAGAGAUAAAUCAAGAACCUGUUCGUCGUUUAUCUCAUACGAGGUCAUCCACGUCACCAUCCUUCCCUGAUAUUGAAAGGAAUAACAGAAAUACUUUUUUAAAAGAAAAGAAUUCUCGUAGGUAUGCCACGUAUGAACUUAAUUGGCAUAAUUUUAAUAAUACGGAUGAUCACGUUGUCAUCGAGGAUUCGCAGGGUGCAUUUCCUGAACCAAUGAUAAUACAAAAGUCAACUUCACCCACGACCUCCGUGCAAGAAUUUUUUCCUUCCCCUUUCCCUUCCCCUACUUCAAUAACACCAUCACCGUCUCCAAUUGAGGCUACAUCAACAGAAACAGAAAACAUUGAUAAUGAAAAUGAUUCUGAUUAUGAAGGACGACGACAAUCUUCAAUUUUCGGAGGGAUAACCGUAAAAACGGAAAAAGUGGUUCAUGUGUCCAUUUCAAGGCACAAUUCAUUACAACCCUCUCGUCGAUCUUAUACACAAGAUUACAUUUUAAAUAAUAAUAAUGAUAUCAUGCAAGAUGGUCCGGAAUUAAUUAGCGUUAUUACAAAAGGUUACCCAGAAAAAUCCGUUUCUAAAACUCCUUUGGAAAAAAAAAAAGCUCCUGGUAUAAAAGAAUUAGAUAAUACCGAGAAUGAAUCACAACAACAAAAUCCGCAUCGCAUAAAACAAAAUAAUUCAGCACAUUUGAUAAAGGAAAGAAGGAAAACUCGAAUAUAUAAUAAUGAAAUUAAAAUUAUAAAUAGUGAAAGAAUAUUAAGAAGAUCAUUGUCAAACGGCGUAGUAAGAACCUCGUCCAAACUCCGCUCCAGUGCUACAAUUUAUAAAAAACAACAUAAACAAAAAACACGACAAAUUCAACGAGAAAUAAAGACGGUAGCCGCACCAACAUCUAAUCUUUAUACAAAUGAUCCGACAGACAUGGAAGAAGAUUAUGAUGUCAUACCAAAUCCAACCAAAUUUUUCCCAUGGAUACCAGUCCCUGAAGGUCCACCUAGGUUAAUUCACGCUUCCCUCAUACCUUUGAGCCAGAUUGAUAAAGAUGUAACCAGAUUUUAUUUUGAAGAAGAAAUACUUGCUCGGUGUAUAUCAAAACGAAAAUUCAGAGAACAAAAUUCGGCUCCUAAACCGAAAAGACCAUCUCAAAUUUUUAGACAAAAUUUAUUGGAACAAAGCAUUGCCAUGUCAUUUAAUAAUGAUUAUCGGUCUAUACAUAAAAAAUCUUCUCUUAUUGCCCCCAAACCUAAAAGAUCACCUCAAGUCAUCAGACAAGGUGUUGCCAUGUCUCGACCUAAACGAAAAGAAACUCCUCUUCGUGCUCCCAAACCGAAAAGACCAUCUCAAAUCUUUAGACAAAAUUUAUUGGAACAAAGCAUUGCCAUGUCACUUAACGAAAACGUUCAUGCAUUUCGACCAAAACGUAAACAAUCUUCUACUCCUAAUGCUCCCAAAUCAAAAAGAACAUCCCAAAUCUUUAGACAAAAUGUUGUAUCACUUGAUGAAAAUGUUCAACGUAAACAAUCUCCUCCUCUUGAUGCUCCAAAGCAGAAAAGACCAUCUCAAAUUUUUAGACAAAAUUUAUUGGAACAGAGUAUUGCCAUGUCAUUUAAUAAUGACUAUGCCGUUCGAUCUAUACGUCAACGAACUUCUAUUCCAUCGAAAACACCUAGACGUAGAUUUUCAAGGAAGGGAAGUAAUGCUAAAUUAAAUGGUAGGGAUUCAAGAAGAGAAAGAUAUAUGAAAAGAGCCGAAAAAAUUAUAAAAGAGGUCACUCAACGUCAGGAAGACAAAGGGCAACAAAAGCCAAUAAAAAUCUUGGAGAUGCCAAAAAUACUAGAUAUUGAUGAAUUGAACAAGAGAGUUGAAGAGCAACUUCGUAAAAAUGCACGUUUACAGUCUCCCCAACCUCCUCCGAGACAACAAGAGGUAGAAUUAAAGAAAGUCGAUGUGCGAAGAAAGAGAUCAAAAAGCAUAACUCCAUCUUUAAUAUCUUUACGUGAACGUUCAAAUGAACCUUUGCAAGGAGAAUCCCGGGCUCAUUUAUCUAGUCAUCAUAUGUCACUUUACAAUUCACCAAUUCAUAUUCCUUUAGCUACACAUAUCGUUUCAUCUGCAGUCUUUUAA